AUGGGUAGACCAGGUUUUGGAUUCCAACGUGGAGGUGGAGGUGGUCGCGGCGGUGGUGGUGGCCGCGGUGGUCGCGGUGGCCCCCGAGGUGGAGGCAGCUUUCGCGGUGGUCGUGGUGGCAGUCGAGGUGGCGGUCGCGGUGGCGGUCGCGGCGGCGGCAGAGGUGGCCGUGGCGGCAUGCGAGGUGGUGGUGGCGGAAUGAAUAGAGGUCCCAGAAAAGUGAUGAUAGAACCCCAUCGUCACGAAGGUGUCUUUAUAGCUCGUAGUAAGGAGGACGUAUUAGUUACGAAAAAUUUAGUUCCUGGAGAAUCGGUUUAUGGCGAAAAACGUAUGACUGUUGAAGAUACACCGUCAGGAGAAGAACAAACCAAAAUCGAAUAUAGAGUUUGGAAUCCUUUUAGAUCGAAACUAGCUGCAGCAAUUUUGGGUGGAAUUGAUAAGAUUCACAUUAAACCUGGAGCGAAAGUUUUAUACCUGGGUGCUGCAUCCGGAACGACCGUUUCUCAUGUAUCUGAUAUAGUUGGACCUAAUGGCUUAGUGUAUGCUGUUGAAUUUUCUCAUCGAUCGGGUCGUGAUUUAAUUAAUGUUGCCAAAAAGAGAACAAAUAUUAUUCCAAUUAUAGAAGAUGCAAGGCAUCCUCAUAAGUAUCGUAUGCUCGUUGGAAUGGUGGAUGUAAUAUUUGCUGAUGUUGCUCAGCCUGAUCAGACAAGAAUUGUUGCCAUAAAUGCACAUCAUUUCUUGAAAAAUGAAGGACACUUUGUAAUAUCUAUUAAAGCAAACUGUAUUGAUUCUACCGCGGAACCAGCUGCUGUAUUUGCUGGCGAGGUUAAGAAAAUGCAAACAGAAAAGAUGAAACCACAGGAACAAAUUACUUUAGAGCCGUACGAAAGAGAUCAUGCUGUAGUAGUUGGUGUUUAUAGAUCACCUCCUAAAAAAUAACCCUUAAGAUAAAUGUUUUGUGACAUUGACGUUCCCGGAGUAUACGUAGUAUGUCACCCACCGACAAUCAAUGGCAUCCGUUGGCGUUAGUAAGGUUUGCCGCUGGUUUCAAUACUUAAGUGACUUGAUUAAUUGUUAGCAGCUGCUGUACAUCAUAGCAUCCAGACAUAUCUUCGGUUGUUGUAUACUUAUAUGCAAGCUGCUACUUUUUUAUACGCCAAAGUACUUUUCAUGAUGUAUAAUAAAAUACUAC